ACAAUGUUUCUUUCAAGAGAUAUGAAUGUUUUUUGCUUUUAAUCAGGUUUUUUGCUUUGAGUGACGUUAUUGAUGACGUUACACAACACGUGACCAUGUUGUUGCAUCCCCCUUAACACCUACAUGACACCUGCCAAAUUUGGUUGUCAUACGAUGCUUUUAAGGGACGGGCGGACGGACUUCGCGUCACGAAAACUCGAUUCGAUGGGUUACCAAUAUUUGUUACCAUAUUUGUCUGAUAUAUCACACUUUUUCUACUGUCAAUGAGCCGGUCGGUUCUAAUUACUCAUUGACAGAGCUCAGGCUACCUGUGGUGAAAGUUUCUUUUCAUAUGUUGACAAUGCGUGACAAGCAUUGAUCCGCAUUGACGUUGCCAUGGCACCGCUUUGAGUGUUGUGACGUGUGUUGGUUGUGUUACCGCGAGUCUAAAAUUUCAGCUUUGAAGUCGUCGCACGUUUUGUGAUGAGCAAAUCGGUUUUUAACCGGUUUUAUAUUGUUUGGUAUGGGCUUUGGGAGGAUUAGUAAACAUUAUGUGAUAAGUAAAUCUAAUCCAACCCAUUGUUUAUGUGUGUAUAUUAUUAUUUAUGAAAUGUAAUUCUCAUACAAAGUAUAGGCUUGUUUGCCGUCGCUACAAAAUCCUUGUUUCCAUUCGCAUGAUUAACCCUUAAAAACUUUCUUUUGAAAAGCUUUUUUGGGGGAUUGUGAUGAAUUGUAACUUUUUUUCCCUUAGCUUUGUUAAUAAGCUAAUUAGCUUAUUUGAAUGUGUGGAAUAUGGCUUUGUUUUUAAAUUGAUAGAUUCUAUCAAAAAGCAGUGAAUUUUUUCCUUGCUUGUGGUUUUUUAAAGUUUCCUUUUGUUCCGUCUGCUUUCGCAUAUUUUUUCAGUUAGUCCCGGAAUGCUUGUGAACUACACUGAAAGUAGUAUAAUCAAUUCGCUGUUAAAAAUCGAAAUCAUAAGGACUUCACUGUGAUCCUUCGCAUUUUUGUCAUUUGAUUACCUUUUUUGAGUUUUUUAAGUUGAGAAAACCUUAGAACGUUGAUUGAUUUCAAUCCCCCGUAUCUUAGUGUCUAGUAUUAUUUUUCCGCUGGGACCCGUGGAUUCCCUCAGGCCAUCAAUCCCUGUUUAUUUUCAGCCAAAACAAUAAGAAACCUAUCCUUCCGUCUUUGUUUUAUUUUAAGUCUUCUCAAUUCUUGUUUAGCCUAAUCUUUAUCCGUUUUAAUACUAUUAUCGUGACGUUCCUUUGCUAGUUGUAUUUCACAGUCCUGUCAACUCGACUUGAGUGGGCUAUCGAAUUCUGUUAUCAUUGCGUGACUGGCAUAUGCUGUAAUAAAUUCCGUUUAGCAAUAUCCAUUUGAAUUCAUUUAAGCGACACGUCCACACUCCGUUUCCGUCUAAGAAACAAAUAUAUAAUUUUCGUUCUGCGCACUUUUGAAUUCCUCUCCGAUUUUCUCCAAGGUGUCAAAUUGUCAAGUCAUGCAUUUAGUGAUAAUUCACGGCUAUAUUCUCAGCGGUACGGGUUCAAAUGUGUACACUGCUAACGCCGCUAAGACAUGGAAGAGACACGGUCAUUCGGUAACUAUCGUCUGCCAAGAUCCAAACGCCGGCAAUUUACCGUUCGUUGAUGAGUUCUACAAAGGCACCGACUCUAUCCCUUCUACCCCUCCCGAGGCGGGCAAGAUCCGUGUGUGUGUCCCAGACAUCUACGGACUACUCCUUGUGUACAGCUACGAUGAAUACCCUGGGUAUCGCGUAAAGACCCUCAAAGACUGCAGCAUAGCGGAAAUCGAAGCGAACAUCGAGGGCACAGUUAAUGGGCUGCGUAGAGUGGUCGAACAAGGUGUCGAUUUGAUCCUCACCAAUCAUAUCUUGCUAUCGCCUGUGAUUGCAAGUCGAGCGACCCAAGGUCUUGAUGUGCCGUACGUUUGCAAGCUUCACGGAAGCGCUAUUAUAUUCUCGGUGAAACCUCGACUCGAAGAGCUCAGGCCGUAUGUUCUAGAAGGGCUGAGAAAUUGUAAGAGAGUCAUCGCAGGUACCCACGCCGUGCGGAAUAGCGCUUGCGAUGUGUUAAAAGGGGACAUCGAGGCGGAGGGAAUCUUGAAGAAGAUUGUCAUUAUUCCACCGGGACUUGACCCUAACGUCUUCGAAAUCGGCGAAGAUUUCGACAAGCGACAGAAAGCCUUCCUAGAAAAUGUACAAAGUUUCAUCAAUCGCAAGCCGAACGGGCGCAAAGCGGAGGGGAUCACACAUCCUCCUCACACCUCAGACAACUUUCACGAUCUUCUUUUAGAGGUAACGUUCUCAUACAAUCAAAGAGCAAUAGAUGCAGAUCUCAUCAGAAGAUGGAAGCCGCUAAAGAAAAGUGAUUUUAUUAUCUGCUACUUCGGGAAUUUUCUCGACACAAAAGGCGUCGGGGAGCUACUGACGGCGUUCCCCAGGAUUCUAGACAAGGUUCCCGAAGCAAGACUUGUGCUUGUGGGAUUUGGUCGCUACCGAGAGCAUUUGGAAGGCAUGCUGAAAGCGCUGAAAGAUGGAGAUCUUGAAGCGUUCAAGGCUUAUGGCAGCGCUGGAAAGUUCCUAGACUUCCCGGAAAACCUUCAAGACUAUUUCCGCCAAUUGAAACCGGACGAGCAGGACCGCGUGACCAUUACCGGGUUCCAAGAACACAACCAACUCAAAGACCUCUUGCCUCUAGCAAGCAUCUCCGUACUGGGCGCCAAAGCUGCGGAAGCAUUUGGAAUGGUCACAAUCGAAGCGAUGGCUGCAGGGGUCUUGCCACUUUGCCAUGACCACUCCGGUCUUUCCGAAGUCCUUGAGGUGGUCCGACAAGUCACCCCUGACCUCGAGGCCAUGAUGAGGCUGCCCGUGCGCCCUGGGGGAGCUAAAGGGACAGCGGACGGCGCAUGUCUGAUAGAGCAACUGCCCGAGAAGGUCGAGGCCGCAAGAAAGUUCUUGUACCCACAUGGUUUGGAGAAGAGCGACACAAGAGACCGCAUAUCUGCCCAGCUUAGGGAUAUUGCAGUUUCUAACUUUUCGUGGGAUUUUAUUUGUGAUCAGAUUCUAGCCCUGAAAAAUCUACCUGAUCUAUAACUAUAAAAUAGGCAUUUCAAACUAAGAAUGUUAAAAAAAUAUCAUUGUUUAUACAGUAUAGAUUUCAGCAAGAAAAUCAGAUAUGCUGUAAUUUCAUUCUAAAAUUUAGCCAAUAGCUAGAUUUCCCCCUUUGCUUAAUUAAGUGGUUCAGAGCAUCGGUUUUAAGGGUGCCGUCGGUUUUUGCUGUGUGUUUUUUUCUUUAUCGGCAAAAUUGCUAUUCCUUUAAAACAGCUAUUCAGUUUGACUUCAGUAGAAACUGCCUAUAUCUGCCGGCACACCUUCCCAAAAUGCAUUUAUUAUCACAAAAAAGUUCACAAUAAUUCACUUUUAUAUUUUGUGACGGAAUAUGAGUGUAAUGUGUUAUUUCAUGAUUGCCCGACAGAAUGUGCAUUAUGGUAGGAGUGUAACACUCCCUUUAAACUACUCAUAUUAGUUCAAUCAAAUGUUAUUGUAUUAAAAAUUAUAUCUUUAUCGUAAGGUUUUAUUUUUGCACAUAGAAGCUAGAGAUAUUUUACUUUGAUCACUGCUUCAAAACCCACAACCGAUCCCUUUUCUUAGGUGUUAUUUGGCCUUACCCGAAGUAUUUUAAUAAUAAUUUAUAUUUUUACAUUAAAUGUAAUAUGAUGAGAUCGUUCUUACAAUAAACAUGUGAAUAUUCAA